GUUUUCCCGAACAACAGAAGACUCAAAUCAAAUAAUAGAAGAAGAAGAAGAAGAAGAAGAAGAUGGGUACCAACUUUGAUGAACUUUGGAAAUCAACAGAGGCUAAAAGAAACGACGUUCUGAAAACAACAUUUGUAGAUGGUGUAGGUGCCGGCACUCUUGACCCGGUCAAGUUUGGUGGCUUCGUGAUCCAAGACUGUGUCUACCUGUACGAACAAUAUAAAUGUAUAAAAGCGGCGGCACAGCGUGCAACCGACAAGGAUCUGAAAAAAUUCCUCAGUGACGUUGCUGGUAAAUACGAUGGGUAUUACAGAGAUGCAUUUAAAGCAUGGCAUAUCGAGCAAGCUUCUGGCAUCGAGCUAGGAACAGCAUGUCAGGCGUAUGUGAAGUAUAUGCAAGACGCUCAAAAAUUGGACACCAUUUAUUUUCUCGUGUCAAUGACGCCAUGCCUCAGUCUUUGGGCCUGGCUGGGGGAACAGCUUCAGAAGAAAAACAAAGGCGUAUAUGCCGGUUGGGUGAAAAACAACUUUGCCGGCGGAAGCACCCUGAAGAGAUUGGAAAAGGAAAUAAACGAAGCUAAACUAGAUAUCGGAAUCGCUAAAAAUCUUUUCAAGGACGGGAUGGAUCAUGAAUAUAAAUUCUUCAGUUCAGCUUAAAUGCAGUGACUCGAAACAUAAUCUCGAAACUCCUGAUGCCCCGACUCUUCUUAGACUCUGUUUAAACCGCCAUCUUUAUCUUUUGUACUGCCGAUGAUCUUAUUUACUCGUUUUUAAUAUCUUCUUUUCCUUUUGCUUGUACAUUUUUAUUCUCGAUUAAUAAGUAUAUAUUCUUUUAGUCUUUACAUUUUACAGAUGUUUCUGAUUAUUUAUUAAAUCCUUUCAAUACA